AUGAAAGUUGGGCUGCAGACGUGGGACCAUCCUCUUCACAAACAUAUUUGGGGCGUGGGCAGCAGACUCCAUAUUAUCUUAUUUAGUGGAAAAUCUGUAGCAGGAGCUGCGUCGCCGGCUAAUCACAGCACCUUGGCUUGUUCAACAUUAUAUGCCAUCAUGUCUGGAUCUGUAUGGGCUAGUGUGAGCUUAGUUGUGAAGGCUGUAAUUUUCUGGCACAAGAAAGAAAAUCUUGUGGAGCUAGUUUCUGUUGCACCCAUAAAGAGCAUUCUUUCCCUGCGAAGAGCUUCUGUUAUCCUCCGCUCGCAAGAGAACCAUCCUCUAGCAACAAGACUGCUCAGCACACAAGCAUCAACCACUCCUCCCACCCCACAAGCCCCUCCUCCACCCCCACCUCCCGAGAAAACCCACUUUGGCGGCCUCAAAGACGAAGACCGAAUCUUCACAAACCUCUACGGCCUUCACGACCCUUUUCUCAAGGGCGCCAUGAAAAGAGGCGACUGGCACCGGACCAAAGACCUUGUCCUCAAAGGCACCGACUGGAUAGUCAACGAGAUGAAGAAAUCCGGCCUCCGAGGCCGUGGUGGCGCCGGAUUUCCAUCCGGGCUCAAAUGGUCCUUCAUGCCCAAAACUUCCGACGGCCGUCCGUCAUACCUCGUCGUGAACGCCGACGAGAGCGAGCCCGGGACUUGCAAGGAUCGUGAAAUCAUGCGACACGAUCCACACAAGCUGUUAGAAGGCUGCUUGAUAGCUGGCGUGGGAAUGCGUGCUCGUGCAGCUUACAUCUACAUACGCGGCGAGUACGUGAACGAGAGGAUUAACCUCGUGAGGGCUCGCCAGGAAGCGUAUGAAGCCGGACUUCUCGGAAAAAACGCUUGCGGCUCGGGUUACGAUUUUGAUGUGCACAUUCAUUUCGGUGCCGGGGCUUACAUAUGCGGCGAGGAGACUGCUCUCCUCGAGAGCCUCGAGGGCAAACAGGGAAAACCGAGGCUUAAGCCUCCUUUCCCAGCGAACGCGGGCCUCUACGGCUGCCCGACAACUGUCACGAAUGUCGAGACGGUCGCAGUCUCGCCUACGAUCCUGAGGCGCGGGCCUGAGUGGUUUUCCAGCUUCGGGAGGAAAAACAAUUCUGGGACUAAGCUGUUCUGCAUCUCGGGGCACGUGAACAAGCCGUGCACGGUUGAAGAAGAGAUGAGUAUUCCGUUGAAGGAGCUUCUCGAGAGGCACUGCGGUGGGGUCCGCGGGGGUUGGGAUAAUCUGCUGGCGGUUAUACCGGGAGGCUCGUCUGUCCCUUUGCUCCCGAAACAUGUGUGUGAGGAUGUGUUGAUGGAUUUCGAUGCGCUCAAGGCCGUGCAG